AUGACAAAUUCUAGUCCAUUAAAAGAUUCCUUAGUAUUUCAACCAAUCAAAGUCGGUGACAAAACCCUUUCUAACAGAAUUGUUUAUUGUCCAACUACAAGAUUCAGAGCGGCCAAAGGGAAUGAAGAACCAACAUAUCGUCAUGUUCCCCUGGAUUUAAUGCUUAAAUAUUAUUCUGAUCGUGGUCAAUAUCCUGGAACUUUACUUAUUACUGAAGCCACAUUAAUUUCUAAUCGUGGUGGAGGUUAUGAUGGAUGUCCAAAAAUUUCUACUCAAGAAGAAACCAAAUCUUGGAAAAAAAUAGUUGAUGGUGUUCAUGAUAAAGGAUCAUUUUUAUCUUGUCAAUUUUGGUUUUUGGGUAGAGUUGGUUAUCCAAAGUUAUUGAAACAUCGUAAAUUGGAUUAUUUGGCACCAUCACCAAUUUAUGAAAAUGAAACUCAUAAAACCCAAGCAGAAAAAAUAGGAUUACCAUUACGUGAAGUGACUGAACAAGAAAUUCAUGAUAUUAUUCAUAAAGAUUAUACAAUUGCUGCUAAAAAUGCUAUUGCUGCUGGAUUUGAUUUUAUAGAAUUACAUGGAGCUCAUGGUUAUUUUAUUGAUCAAUUUUUACAUGAAUGUUCUAAUCAAAGAACCGAUAAAUAUGGAGGUAAUAUUGAAAAUAGAUGUAGAUUUGUUUUAGAAUUAAUUGAUCAUUUAAUUACUAUUGUUGGUGCUCAUAAAUUAGCUAUAAGAUUAUCACCAUGGGCAGAAGUUCAAGGAAUUAUAGAAGAAGAAAGUCCAAUUCCAACAUUUUCUUAUUUAAUUAAUGAAUUACAAAAACGUGCUGAACAAGGUAAUCAAUUGGCUUAUUUAUCAAUUGUAGAACCAAGAGUUCAAGGAACAAUUAAUGCUGAUAUCAAAACUAUGAAAGGUAAUAAUAAAUUUGUUGGAGAAAUUUGGAAAGGAAUUUUACUUAGAGCUGGUAAUUAUACUUAUGAUGCACCAGAAUUUAAAGAAAUUAUGGCUGAUACUGCUAAUAAUAGAACUUUGGUGGGAUUUUCAAGAUUUUUUAUUUCUAAUCCUGAUUUGGUUCUGAAAUUAAAAAAUAAUCCAAAUUCAUUAAUUAAAUAUGAUAGAAAAUUAUUUUAUGAACAAUUUAAUUGGGGAUAUAAUACUUAUGGACAAGAUCAACCUGUUGAUGAAGAAAAAGAAAGAAAAAAAUUCCCAAAAAUUAUUGGUAACAUAGAUGAAGCUAGAUUGUAG